AGCCGGGCCUGGGCGACACAGGGCCUUUCUCUGCAGAUCUGGAGGCUGUCGUGGAGACUAAAAACAUCGGGGUCUCUGGUGUGGGCAGCAUCCCUGGGCAGGACUGUGGGGAGCCAGUCAGCAGAAAGACUUAGGGGAACCGAGUUCCUCCUGAACCACGAACCACCUCUGUGCGGAAAAACAACCACUUUACUUUCCAUUCUGCUGUCUGAGACAACCACAUCCUCCUCACACAUACCCCAGGCUCCCAUGGAGAGCUCAGAUGUGGAGCUGGACCUCCAGCGGAGUGUGCAGGCAGUGCUUCGAGAGCUCAGCACCCAGGCCCCAGCCCUGCAGAACAACCAAGCCAGGCAUGUGGAGAUGGUCCCUGCACAAGAAGGUCGAGCGAGAUCCUGGUAAGAGUCCGGUGCUGGUCCGAAUUCUGCUCAGAGAACUGGAAAAGGCAGAAAGCGAAGACCUCCGGCAUGUCAUCAUUCCUUUGCUGCAUACCCUACUGUACGUGCUCACUAAGGCCACCGGCAUCAGGGAGGAGCUCUACCGGAGAACCUACAACUUUUGCACGAAGCUGCUAACCCUGCCCGCCCCCUACUGCACAGUAGCCUUGGACUGCGCCAUAAGGCUGAAAACAGAGACAGCUGUCCCAGGGACGCUGUACCAAAGGCUGGUCAUUGCCGAACAGAACCUGACGAGUGAGCUGUACCCCUACCAGGAGAGAGUGUUCCUCUUCGUGGAUCCUGAGCUGGUGUCUCCCUCCGUGUGCAGCGCCCUGCUGCUGGAGAUCGAGGCGGCCCAGGCGCAGCAGACCCCGGAGGCCUGCAUGCGCCACGUGGUCUCCCACGCCCUGCAGGCCGCACUUGGGGACGCCUGCCAUGCAAGUUCCCUGCAGAGGAAGCUGAAGGCCAGCCCUCGCCACGCCCUGGAGCGCUAUUUCCACGCCGUGGUGGCAGCCGUGGAGCAGAUGGCCGGCGAACCCAACCCCAGCCGGGAGGUACACCUGGAGAGGCUAGAGGAGAUUUACUGCUCGCUGCUGGGGCCGGCGGCGGCCGCCAGGGGGAGCUGCUGCGGUGACCGCCUGCAGGACCCGCAGCCAAGCAUCCCUCUGCCCAGCCCUCACAUCACCUUCCACCUGUGGACCGAUGAGGAGCAGCUCUGGAAGGAACUGGUACUCUUCCUGCGCCCGCGAUCCCAGUUGCGCCUCAGUGCCGACUUGGAGGCCUUGGAUCUGCAGGGCCUCUGGCCGGACCGGGAGCUGGCCCGGGCAUCCAUUCUGUCCACUGACAGUGGCAUUGAGCGGGACCUCCCCGCAGGGGCCGACGAGCUGCCUGUCCCCGGCAGCCCUGAGAUGGAGCGCGCCGGGCUGCAGCGCAAAGGAGGCAUUAGGAAGCGGGUGUGGCCCCCCGACAUCUUGAUGCCUGCGUGCUGGGACGGGCCCCAGGGGCUGCACCGCAGGACGGGCAUGCCCAGUGGGGAUGGGGAGCUACUGCCCGGUGUCUCCCGGAUCCACACGGCCAGGGUGCUGGUGCUGGGGGACGACAGGAUGCUGGGGCGCCUGGCCCAGGCCUACCACAGCCUCAGGAAACGAGAGACCCAGAAGUUUUGCCUCACCCCCAGACUCAGCCUGCAGCUCUACUACAUCCCCGUGCUGGCGCCCGAGGAGCCGCCGUCAUGCAGACAUUCGGAGCUCAGAGAGCUGGCCACGUUCCUGGGCCGCGCAGACCCGUGGUACCAGAACACCGUCAACACACUAUGCCCGGCCAUCCACAAGCUGGCAGAGAUGCCCCCGUCCCUGGACACAUCCCGGACUGUGGACCCCUUCAUCCUGGAUGUCAUCACCUACUACGUUCGCAUGGGCACCCAACCCAUCUACUUCCAGAUCUAUACUGUCAAGAUCUUCAGGGACCUGAGCCAAGACCCCGCAGAGGACAUUUUCCUCACCGAGCUGAAGGUGAAGAUCCAAGACUCCAAAUCCCCCAAAGAUGGCUUUUCACCCAGGAGGAAGGGCGCGGCCGAGGGCCCAGGGGCCGAGCUGUCCAUCUGCUACCAGAAGGCCCUGCUCAGCCACCGCGCCCAAGAGGUCUCCAGUUCCCUGCGGGCCACUGGGCUGGUCCUGAAGGCCCUUCCAGCCAGUGACACUGAGGGUUCGGGGCCCACCCACGCCCUCCCAUCUGCUGCUCCAGUCAUAGACCUCAGGUGCCUGAAUGUCAGCGUGAUGGAGGUGGUCAAGUCCUCCAACUUGGCGGGCAGGUCCUUCUCUACGGUGACGAACACCUUCCGGACGGCCACCAUCCAGAUCCAGAGCCAGGACCAGAGGCUCCUCACGCUGCUGCUGGACAAGGACAGUCGGCGCACGUACAGGGAUGUGGUCAGGUUCGAGGUUGCUCCCUGCCCAGAGCCGUGUUCCGGGACACACAAGUCCAAGGCGCCGUGGCUCGGUUCACCCCAGCCGGAGGUGAAAGGGACCAAAGCCAAGCCCAAGCCCCUUCUGAUGCCCAUCAACACGUUCUCCGGCAUCGUCCAGUGAGCCUGAAGGGGCGGCAGAAGUGCUGACUCUGAGAGCCCCAGACCAAGAGGAAGGAUAUACUACCCCGCCGGCCUCCAAACCCUCACACCAGCAGCCGGGACAAGGCCUGGCUGUCCUGGGUGGCUUCUGGCUGUGAGUAGGAGCCAGCGAGUGACCAGAGCACAGGGAGCUCGGCCGUGGCAGGUGAUGGUGCAGGGCCCACACCCAGGCCCAAAGAUGGUCCCAGCAAAGCUGCACACACACAAGCAAGACCCAGCUCUGAGCACAAAUGUCCAUACGCCUUUGUUUAUUUUUAGUCCCCACCUCUCCCACUCAAGCUCCCCCCUCGCCCCUUAAAACCCAAGUGAGAGCUGCUGUUUUGUCCAGGCCCCGUGGCCUGGGGGAAAUGGGAAGCAGGGCAAAGGCACCUCCUCUCUCCUGAGUCUGUUCCUUUCCUCCCUCCAGCCACCACCCACACCCUGCGUGCCCAGGCAGGUGUCUCUCCUGGAGGAGAGGAAAAUGUCAGAUUCAAUAAAGGCACACUAAAGCCCUUUUGCUUUUAUCUAAUACCUAGUGACAUUCGGAUUUUAAUAGAGAUCCAGGGCCAUACGUGAUCUGACCUCAUGAGUCCUCUUAGGCCAGUUGGGAGUUCUGUGGAGUAUUAUUGGUGUGUUCUCUCUGGCGCCCACCCCUCUCCCCGUUCACGUGGACUUAGGGACUUCUGACCAGCACCGUCCCAGAACAGAGAUGGGGAUGCAAAGUCAUUUCAAAGGAGCCAGAUAGUAAAGACAUGAAAAUUCUUGGCUUUUGAGUUCCAAAACUUAUAUCCAGAUGCAAAAUAGGGAAGAUCAGGGACACAGAACUUCUAUCCUCACCGCCAGGACUAGGUGGGGGGCAGGAGGGAAAGUGGAGAGGGCAGGGUCCCAGGGGAGAGUGGGAGGAGGGUGUGGAAGAAUCCCUUUCAGGUUCGGGGAUCCAAGAGUACAGAGGUAGAUGCUUUACUUCCGGCCUCAUUGCCCGGGGAGUGGGGACAAGUCUGGAAGACUCCCUGUGAGAGGGGCCUCCUGGGGGUCUAGGCAGAGGGGUCCAAGGGACACCAGUAUGGCAGUGUGCCUGCCCCUCAGUGGACAUCAGCCCUGGACAGAGUGAAGACGGAGGAGUGGAUGGAUGUGAGAUCCUCCACUGAAGCUGUCCCCUCCCAAAACAGAACCCAGGGAGAGAGGGAUUAGGGACAGUCCCCAGUGAGCCUGAGUGGUUUUAAACCGGAAAUGACUGAUAUCACUGAAUUUGAGUGAGUUCACCUGGAGGUGGCUAAAUAUUAUUUCUCUGCUCUUGGCGUGAUAUACACUGAUUCCUAUCGAUUUUGGCAUUCACACAGUGACUAGAUUCUUUCAGUAAACAUUUGCAGAGUUUACCAGUUGUUAGAAUUAGGUGAGGGCGCCUGGGUGGCUCAGUUGGUUAAGCGACUGCCUUCGGCUCAGGUCAUGAUCCUGGAGUCCCGGGAUCGAGUCCCGCAUCGGGCUCCCUGCUCAGCAAGGAGCCUGCUUCUCCCUCUAACCCUCCCCCCUCUCAUGUGCUCUCUGUCUCUCUCAUUCUCUCUGUCUCAAAUAAAUAAAUAAAUCUUAAAAAAAAAAAAAAGAAUUAGGUGAGAUCUCUGGGCUCCCCAGCAGUAAUCUCUCUACCAGCUCACCAUGGAAAGCAUGUUGCAGACCAAAUUUUGCUACACAUUCAGACGGGUGUUGGCAAGCCGCCAUCCCCCUCAACCCCACCCGCCAGCCAAACUAGGUGCUCUGAGCACACCUUGCACGAAAAUUUCACGGAAUCGGUGGCUGGACGUUGGACCAUUUGGGAGUAAAGCCUAUGACACCAUUUCAAAGGGCUGGACCACUUGGGAUCUCCAGAUUCCUAUAAAUGCUUGCCCAAGGAGCAAACGCCUCCAAGAAAACUAUGACCAAUCCACUAAUAUCAGCAGUGAAAUUUCACCAGUAUCUAUCAGGCUAAUUCGUGAAACCCCUUCGGUUGAUCUAAGACUGCUGACGUGUUGGUAUUCGCUGCUUCCGGAGCGCAGCUUUUGGAUUAAAUGUUAGCUAACUGCCUCUGGAGGCUGUACCCCCGAACUGGACCACGGAGCACCCUUCGGUGUAGAUUAAAACUCUCUGAUACACACACACUGUUAGAGGGGCUGGGACGGCUGUCUGGAUGGGGUGCAGAGUGCCACCCCAAGGCAGCCCUCAGCUGUCCGCCCUCUGGGGAUCGCUCCGCUCAAGAAAGCUGUCACCCAGGGGCGCCUGGGUGGCUCAGUCAUUAAGCAUCUGCCUUCGGCUCAGGUCAUGAUCCCAGAGUCCUGGGAUCGAGCCCCACGUCGGGCUCCCUGCUCGGCGGGAGGCCUGCUUCUCCCUCUCCCACUCCCCCUGCUUGUGU